GAUUUCCCAUAAGAAAGUGGAUAUAAGGAUGUGGAAGACGUCGCUGGGCGUCGGGCUGAGCCUCUUCUUGGCGUUGGUCGAAUCCAAGAAGGAAUGCUUCGCUGACCUGAACGGACCCAAAGAUGACCCAAACAACAUCUACAAGUGCGCCGACUCAGAAAAAUGUUGCCAAGAAGGUGGUGAACCAACAUGCUGCCGAGAGAAGGACACUGACGUGGCAAUAUGGGAUCAGGUAAAGCUGUGGGGGACGCUGUCGGUGAUGAUCUUAGUCCUGGCCUUGGUCAUGUGGUACUGCCGCCACGACGGCGACUGCUGCGGGAACAAGAAAGGCCAGGAAGACCACGGCUGCAUCUGGCGCUGCUGCGGGAAGAAGAAGAAGGGGCCGGAACCAGAACAAGUCAAGAUGCCGGAGUCGCCAAGCAAGGGUGUCCUCCCUCCCUACAGCGACAUCGACUUCGAACAGGCCUAAAUUUCCCCGAACCAAAAGCCAUUGUCCGACUCUACCGACUUUCUACAGAUACAUUGAAAUAUUUAUUGGUGUGCAUACGAGUGCUCACAUACUUACACUAUCGUAGGCCUACUUACUAGACAAAAGUACCUUCGGGAGAUCCGAGACCAAGGUAUCCUACUCAUGAUACCAUCUCCCUAAAGAUGUCAAAGUUGAAUGCCUCAGUGUAGAUGAUGGACAAAUACCAAACAUUGUAAUCUAAUUUACACUAGUAUAGUAAAGCAUUUGCACAAUAAGGAUGCCAGACGCUAUGAAGAUGAAUGUAUAAUUUCAGUUUAAAAUGUAGUAAAAAUUAGUAGGUGUGUUAGGCUCCCUUUUUAUCACUUGGGGAAACACCUGUAAACUCCAGGUACAGAUAAAACAUAGAGAUGUAAUACUAAUUGAUCUGGACGGAAAAUUGAUACUCAAAAUCAACUUGUCUCUCUGUAUUAUAUGUAAUCAGAGGCAAACAUCAUUCACUUCAUCAUUAUAUCUAUGAAUGAGGAUUCUUCCCAAGCAAUAUGGCAGAGACAGAAAGUCCACUUUAACUUUAAGCAAGGUUGGUUGGAAAAUUGUAAUACCAAAGUCAAAAUUUUCCUAAGCAAUUAAAGUUUAAGAAGUACAGUGAUAAAUACAGAGCGAUUGCGUAUUAUUGAAUAAACUAUGGCUUGGACACAACUAUACAGAUUAGGAUUUGUAAGGAAAGCAACAAUUGCUGCAGUUUGAAGCGUUAAUGCUUUCUCUUCUUUUUCUUUUCUACCAUUAACGAAGACAAAUCCAGCUCUGCCCGCAGUUUCAUCAAAGGAAAACAGAUAUUUACAAUUACCCUAUCAUAAUAUUCCAAGAAUCAUCCAUUAUCUCCACAAAUGAUCAGAAUUCAUAGGUGAUUUCCGCCUGCAUGAAUCUAACAUCUCUUUCUGUUCAACUAUGUGUACAUGGCAGAAGGUAAUAUUCUCGCGGUAGUGGGUGAUAAUGUUCAUUAGGCUGCCCGAAGAUCUUGGACAUUCAGAAUUUUAAAAUGUGACUAAAGGCAGAGAAAUAGCACAGUGCAAUGGGACUUACUGAUUACCCCACAUUAUGUACAACUGGCAUAAGAUCAGCUACAUGGCUGGCAUUCUUGUCAAGAAUCAAGAUAUAAGUGAUAUCCGGAUCAUAGGCACAAAUUCGCCUCAGCUUCAUAUCUGCACGUUACCUCAUCUGUGUAACUUUUUUCCUUAAUAUACUGCGUACUUUCUAGAUUCCAUAUACCCGGGUAUCCUAGGUGCAGUACCAUAAUCUAAGAGCACAACAAAUAUGUAAGCUCUGACUGUGUCUUCAACCAAUAUAAGGAUUAUAUAAAACCUAUGAUCUUAAAACCAAAAUAGAUAAUGUACUGUCUAUUCUUUUUAAAAAUUGCUUUGUUCGCUUAUUUCAUUUUAACUACAUUUAAACCUACGUCGUGACAAGUUUCACUUUGUGUGUAUGGAUAUAUCACUGAAUUUUGUUUAUUGCGGAACCCACGUUUGAAGUCGUCAUACUGCUGUUGGUCUUCUCCAAUUGCCCGGCAUUUUCAUGACCUCUUAGACCAGGGUCUCCCAACCAGGGGUGCUCGCACCCCUGGUUGGGAAACCACUUAAGAUAGUUGAGAUAGCAUUCCAGGGGGUGCGAGAAGAAUCCAACUUAAUGACAAUAAAUUUAUCUAUUUUCACUCCUUUGCGGUUUACCCAUUUCGAAAAAAAAAUCAAGAAACGAGAACAAGAGUCACUGAAGUGAAAUUCAUUGAUAAACGGUAUAAAGUUGGAUGCUUGAUUUUAUUAUUUGCAGACAUUUCAAGUAAGAGUGAUUAUAUUUUAUAAGGUUUAUUCAAAUAUUAACUUGGAAUUUCUUUUCUUGUACACAUUUUUUUAUUUUUGACAUAUUACUAGGAAAUAAAAUAAAAUAUUUCCUUUCGUUUAUUGAAUUCAGUAUAAAUUCACCUUUAUCCCUAAAUAAGCUAUAAAUAUAGGGGACGCGAGGACACCGUAAAAUUUUCUUGGGAGUGCUGGCUUGGGGGAACAAGUUUUGAUUGCCUCCAGGUGGAAAAAAAAAGUUUCUUCAGGAUUGCUCACACGAACAGGUCAUUCCCCCUUCAAUCGGCCAUUAAUUCCAAGUCGGCGCUUCACCGAUGGCAUCUGUUGUGCUAUUAGAUAUGUUCCAUAAGUCCGUUAGUCGCCUAGAUUGAUUAGAGAUGUUACACCGGUUCACUUAUUAGACAAUCUUUCACUCAUUGCGCAGAUCUUCCCCAAGCCACUGUCAUCAAAGACUAUCUAUCCUGACACAUUGUGUAACUCUUUGGUAAACUUCCGUGAACUACAAUGCAGCCAGUGGUGUUCGUGACACAUCAGGCAUUUAUGCUAUUGCUUGCAAACUCUGUCCAAACGUUUUCACAGGCAAAGCUGCCAGGGCUUUCGGCAAAAAUAAGGUGGACAUAAAGGUGACAUUAGAUACUCUAGGGAAUAUAAUGUUUUAUAGAUGAAUGCCAUCAGCUUAACUGGAAGGAUACCUUUUUAAUUGAUAAAUAGAAAAAUAAUAGAAACCCUUUUGAUUAAGAAAUUACCGAAUUUACCUGGAUUGUUUAAACCUUAGCACUCCUCGUGUACAGGAAUAAGAACUGAAUUAAUUGUAAUUCAGCACUUAUUUUUAGUCUUUCUAUCUGCUAUAUAUUUAUGACACUAUAUAUGGUUUUUACUACAUCCGUCACGUUUUUAUUCUAUUUCUAUUGCGGCAACAUUUCAAUUUAACAGUAUGUACACCUUUCUUCAUUUGUGUUUGUUAAAAAAAAAACAAGGUUAUUUUUAUAAAAGAGAAAAAUAUAUACGUACACAUCAUAAAAUGUAAGGCAAGGAAAACCUAUAGGACAUAGUUAAUCUGAAAAAAAUACUAGUUGUCAUCGAUCUGCAAGGUUUUCUGUUACCACAUAAAAUGACCUUACAAUGUAGAAAGCAAGAGGUUUCAUAAGUAGAGAACAUUCAUUAAAACUCAAAAUGUAGAAAGGGCAGAACCUAACAUGCACUGCACUCUUUAAAUGUUAAUACGUCAGUAAGAAAUCUGACCAAAGUAAUGGAUAGUCCAAAUCCAUGCAGAAUGAGAGAAAUUGCUAUGCCUUAUAGCUUUAUAUAGCCCAGUCUGUAUAUUAUUGGCAAAAUAAGAGAAAACUUAAAUAGUGGCAGCACAUCAGAAAAGGAGCAUAGUCAGACAACCUUUAUGUCAAAAUCUCCCAGAGUUUUCAGAAAGUGUCUGUAACGCACCUCUCUUGCACCUUGCUUGACCAAACUCUUUGCCUUUGUGCUUGAUCAGUAACAUAAAAAAAAAACAGAAUUCAACAUUAUAUUGACAUCAAUAUUAAUUACAUGACUACCUCUAGAGAGUCUAGAACAUCCAACAACAAAGCAAAUGGCAAUAGCAAGGAUAAGCCUGGUGAGAUCAUGAACUGUAGCACCCAUCUACCAAACCUAUUUGGAAGACUUCAUCACCUGAAGCAAUGUUGUUGGCAUACCUACUCACCUCCAAAUUCACGGGAACAUUCUCUAAUAGUGUAGUUCACCAUGGAAAAAUGCAUAAAAAUGGUAGCUAUAUUUUAUAACAUCUUUUAUUUAUAUUCAAUGCAGAAAGGGAAAGGUAAACCAGCCAGUGAGGUACAGAUACGUAAUUUCCUGAUAUCAGUACAGAUCAACCUGAGUCAUACAGGGACUUUUAGAAGGGCCUCCGAGUGUUCAGAUUACAAAUUCACUUAUUGGAUAAUACUGGUCAUGCCUAAUAUCAUGAUGAAUGCCUACAGUUAGCCAGAGCAAGGACCACUACAUUAUGGCAGCAGCUCUAUCAAUGUGGCCUUAAUCUAUGUUAGGAAUACAUCCAUCUGACUGUGAAACUAGAUUACUACCCAUUAGGUCAGGUCAAUGUGCACUCUCUGGAGAACAUGGAUUUACAGCUAGAAGGUCUUUGUAACGUUUUGAACUGUUUAUGUGUAUAAACAACAUCCGGAAGGUAGCAGACUUCCUGUAUCUACAGUGCCAGAGGAAACAGCUGAUUCGCGCCUACCAUGCCCGAGCUUGUUUGCCCAUGGAACUUUCUCCCCCUCAAGCAGUCUGGCGAAUUCACCCCCUUUGUCACGGCCGGAAGAACCGACACUCCAAAAUACAGAAGCAGGCACCUGCUCAGGAUAGCAGCUAGAUAAAUAGGGGAUGUUCUCCAUACCUCGACAGAAGUCCAGCUC